AAAAUUUGAAGUGAAAUGAAAGUUAUCGAAUGGCAGCGACGAUACCUCGAUAGACUCAUGACUCUAAUGGUCGAUAAAGAAACAAUCGAUAUAUGUACUUUGAAACUGUGUCUCGUUGGUCCGCCUCACGUUGGGAAAACAACCACACUCAAUCGUCUACUGCAAGUGUACGAAAACAUUCAAUCAGCUGGAGACAAGGCGAAACAUGCAAGCACUCUACAAGCUAACUGCAUCCAGGUGAUGGCAUUGAUUAAUGAAGAUGAGUGGAUAUCUUCCAAGGAUGUCGAUGAAGAAGCCAAGAUGAUAUUUGGUUAUCUAUGUGGCAAUUUAACUCUUGAUGAAAUAGAUAUACCCAAGGAGGAAAUGACAAAGGCAGAAAGUGGUCAAGGAUUGGUAACACAUUUUAGUGAUAAGCACACCACCCAAGAAACGGAAGUCAACACACAAACUGUACAAAAAGCCACACCUACUGACUCUGAGGAUAAAGUCGCUGUAGCCCACCGAAACAAACUUGCACAAGUAAUUCUUCGACUGCAAAAGCUUAUAAAGAGCGGAAACUACUCUGAAAUGGCCAAAUGUCUUGGCAACACCUACCUUGCUGAACAUCAAUGAUGUCGGAGGCCAACCAGAAUUCCUAGAAAUGCUACCAGCCCUGAGCAAUGGUCCUGCCAUGUAUCUAGUGUUCUUAGAUCUGAGCAAGGAACUUGACAAGCCCUACGAUAUUCCUUUUAGUCGAGACGGCAAAGUCAUCACUCCUUAUAAAUCAAUGCACACAGUGAAAACCGCAGUCUCUCAAAUCCUCUCAUCCAUUGCUAGUGUGCAUCACAUGUCGGAUAUUUCGAAGCCUCUCUUAAAAACUCCUCAGUUAAAGGAAAAAUUUUAAGCUUUUCUCACAGUGCCUCCAGUGGCAGCUCUAAUAGGCACCCACAAAGAUAAGCUUGGUGGAGACUCAACUGAUGGUCCAGAAAAAGAACAAUUGACCAGAGACAAAAUGGUGGAGAUAAACGCAGCAUUGAAGCCCAUCACCAAAACUUUCGAGAACAUUUUAGUUUUUCCUAAGCAAGAAAGUGAGGCUUCUGAUGACACCUCUGAUAAAAAUGCAAAUUGCUCUUCUGGCAGGAUGUCCUUUUUUGCCCUCGAUAACGAUAAAGGCACGGAGAAUGUUGAAGUUUCUCCAUUACGUGGCUUAAUGAAUAAACUAUUUUACUCUCGCUUCGGCAAAACUUCUCUUCCAAUACCCAAAAAUUAGGAAUUAUUCUUCGAAAAGAGUAUCAAAUUGCCACAGUAGCAGAUUGUAUCGAAAUAGGCAAAAGAUUGGAGAUGGAUGAAGAAGAAACCACAAUCUGCCUCCUCUACCUUGCAUUGUAUAGGAUCGAUCCUGUACUAUACAGAUGUUCCCGAUGAUGAUGAUCCACGCUGGCUCCUCAAAGGUCAUGUCAUCUGCUUACCUCAAGUGAUCUUCGAUAGCAUAAGCCAACUGAUAAUCGUAUCUAUGCAGGUUGUUCAUGACGGAGGCCUCGACACAGAGUUUGUGCGAGCAGAAUUGAUCAGGAAAGGUCAGUUCUCACUAGAGGCCAUCAAGAGACAUUGCAAAUUAGAUACUGAAGUUUCCAAAAAUCUGGAAAACAAAUUGCUGAUACCAUCUGGACCGCUUGUGAAGCUUCUCAAGUACCUGAACCUUCUCUCUGAGAUUACACACAAAGAUGAAGAUGGUGAGCGAAUCACGUACCUCAUGCCGGCUAUAUUGAACUGUGCUUCACAAGAGGAGCUGACCAACCCACCUCAACCAGACACCAACAACCCAGAACCACUCCACAUCACAUUCAGCUUUGGUUACGUACCAACAGGAGUCUUCUGUGGGCUCAUCACUCGACUAGUUUCCCAAGGCCCUCAUGGAAUUCUCGGAUUGACGUGGGAAUUGGUGGAAGAUGGCGUCAAACGAAAUUGUGUUUCGUUUUCUAUCGAUGAUGUUCAUACGGUUACACUACUCUCCCACCAAAAUAGCUACGAAAUUCGAAUCUCUCGAAACGACCCUGACACCUCUCUUCAUGACCUCUGUGGAUAUGUGCUUGCAGCAAUCCUCUACACUAUCAAGUGCCUGUUCCAGCAUCUGGUGAUGCAUAUUGCAUUCCAAUGUCCCUGUUCCAAGGCUUGUACUGAACGCAGCGUCAACCAUCUGUGUGCUCUCUCUAGCAAAUCACGAAUCAGGUUUAUCUGUGAGGCUUCCAAGAAAGCAGUUGGUCUCAAAUCAGAACAGCAAGUCUGGCUGGGAAAGGCUGUAGAUGUUGGUCAGAAGGCAAGCUUGUGUGUGCUCAAGUUCGCUAGAAAGUCUGUGGAUCAGUUCUCCUUUGAUUGGAGCAAAGUGGGAGAUGAUGACACAGCACCUGUUCUCAGCAAACCCAACACUGUGAGCUUCCCGAGUGUGAGAGAGGAGGACUUUGGUCACUACCAGUGUGAGGUGAAGGAUGCAGCUGCUGGGAAAGUGCUCCUCACUCUCUACACAGCUCUCUACAAACACCAGUCAAGAUCGUCACAAGAGGAACAUCCUAGCAAAAACCAAACAACAGUAGAAAUUGCACAACGGGCGUCCAUUGUUUUGACUGGAGAUGAUAUUCCAACAAUUUGUGAGAAGCUGAGAAGUGCCAGCAAGAAUUGGUUCAACUUUGGACUGGCCCUCGGGGUGAACUAUUACGAGAUGGAGAAUAUUCAAGAUCGAUACCAAGAUAACGAUCGCCGCCUAAUGAAGGUGGUAGCCAAGCGCCUUGAAGUCACUGAUCCAGAACAUCCGAUGACAUGGCCUUACAUAUGUGAAUGUCUAAGGAGGCCUACUGUUGAGCGUAACGAUGUAGGUAAACAAAUCGAAGUAUUAGGACUAUGUGGUUGAACAUCACACAACACAAACUAGUAACAUUCUUUUUUUAUGAUCUAUCCUAUUAAGCACUCA